UCCACCAACAUCUCCUCCUUUCUUCCCACAGUAGGCUACCGACUCCAGCCGCAGGGCCACCGUGUGUCGGUUCUCUUUCUAAUGCCUUCUUUUCUUAACCCUGAUUAGAGAGAGAAGAGAAGAAGCGACGUGAAACGGGUAGAACAGUGCAAGUGGGCGAAGAGAAGGCAGGGGGAGGCGGUGCAUGGAGUCGGCGGAGCCGUGGAGGGGCGAGGCAAGGCCGCCUCAGGCGGAACCGAGUAGGUACGAGUCGCAGAAGCGGCGAGACUGGAAUACCUUCGUGCAAUACCUGCGGAACCAUAAGCCGCCGCUGGUGCUGUCGCGGUGCAGCGGUGCCCACGUGAUCGAGUUCCUGCGGUACCUGGACCAGUUCGGGAAGACCAAGGUGCACGUCCCCAGGUGCGCCUUCUACGGUCACCCGAGCCCGCCGGGGCCCUGCGCCUGCCCCCUGCGCCAGGCCUGGGGCUCCCUCGACGCCCUCGUCGGCCGUCUCCGCGCCGCCUACGAGGAGUCCGGCGGCUCCCCCGACACCAACCCCUUCGCCGCCCGCGCCAUCCGCAUCUUCCUCCACGACGUCCGCGAGAGCCAGGCCAAGUCCCGCGGCAUCCCUUACGAUAAGAAGAAGCGGAAGCGCGCCGCCGCCGCGGCCGGCCAAGGCCACGCUGGAGGUAAGCCUUCCUCCUCCUCCUCCACUGCCCUCAGUGGCGACAGUUCUGAUUCCGGCACCGGCGAGGGUCCCGGUGCCUCCCUAUUAGGCUCCUUUACUUCCUGAUCACUUCUCCAGACUCUCUCUCUAUCUCUC